GCCAUUUUCCGUUUCUCACACUCGUUGCACUUAAUAACUUUGUUAUAUGAAGAUGCCUCUAAAUGAACAAUGUCAUAGGCAGCCAAAAGAGCAUAAUUGACAAUUUCCUCAAAAAAUCAAAAGCCUCUUUGAAAUCCUAAUUGGAUGCUUCACUUUAUUUCUUACCCAACCUAAAUCAUUAUCUUCAUAAUCCAAAUGAAUCAAAGCCCCUCACUUGUCUGUUACGUCACUUGUGCAAUGCUUGUGUUUUGCACUAUUGGUGGCGAUAUGUCCUACCUAAGAGUAGUGGCCUUCCUAUAGGAGAAAGAGGAAGAACCAUCUCUACCUACUUGAGGUGACACAACAAAUUCACUAUCAAAAUCAUCAUCAAAGUCUUCCCAAUGAGCUUCACCCACGCUAUUCUUUUCCAUCUCAAACUCGGUGACUCCUUUAUUAGAGCUCUCAUUAUAAAAAAAUACAAAUUCACUGAAAGUAAAAUCUCAACUUGUGAUCACUUGGUGCAUCAGGAGCCCAUAAUCUUAGCAUGAGGUUCCAACUAGUGAACACGACCAUAUGUCAUCUGCCAUCUUCAACCCAAGAGCAGUGUUAUUAGGUGAUCAGUUUGCAAAAUAAGCCUUCAUCUUGACCACUUUUGUCCAAAAUUCCUUACUUAAAUUAUCAUGAAAAAGCAUACAUCGAACCUUCUCUACCAAGUUUAUACUCAUGCUCUUUGACACUUUGUCAUUUUGAAGUCACCCGUAAAAUUCCUAAGUCGAACAUUACCAAGAUUCUUGCAAAAGUUGAUGACCUCAUCUUAUAUAUACUUAAGCUCGUUAUCUAUUCCCAACCUCUUCACUUGAUUUUCAUUUUGCGUCCUAAAUCAUUGUCUUCCAAUUUUUAAUUCCCUAUAUUCAAACCCUAUGAUCGACCUGAUUUAAAACCUAGCACAAACAGUUCUGGCUUGAGAUCAGUUCGAUCUCAAGUAACCCGCUCAUGACCAUCACUACCUAAAUAUGACCCAACAAAAUAAUCAAUUAUUGGAGGAAAAGUAAAAAGAAUUGGAAACAAUCUUAAAUACUUCGCAUUGUUUUGUUUCAAUUUUCUCUUCUUCUUGCAUUGAGUUUAAGGUAGCUUAAAAUUAGAUUAGUAGUAGAUUGGAUGUCAGAGGCAAGAAAUCUUCCACUGAGUUUUGAUGGGUCUUCAGUUCUCACGUAGGAUUUGUUUUCCGCCAUUAAAGCUCAAAUCUUCCUUUUUUUUUUCUCUCUAAAAUCUUAAAAUAAGACGACGCCGUUUCGUUUAAAGGGAUUUAUACUUUUAAUUACUGCAAACAAGAUUCGAUGGAAAAUAAAUAGAGAGUGAAAGAAAAGGUAAAAUGGUGAGAUUGAAUAGAGUUUUGUUGAAAAAUGUUGGAGAAGGAAUUGGUAAAACUCUUUCUGAUAUCCUUGUUUGCCCAUUAACUAAACAGCCCUUAAGGUAUUGUGAAAAGACUGGAUCUUUGAUCAGUGAUGAAAUUGGAGUUUCUUUUCCUAUAGUUGAUGGGAUGCCGUGCUUGGUUCCUAAGGACGGGAAGAUACUUGAAGAUGAAGGAUCCGUGAGUGCUGGUGGUUUCGCUACUUUUGUUAUGAAAGAGACAAAGGAUUGAGAUCAUACAACACUAUUGUCUACACAUAAUGCUGAAGUUGUGAACUUUUUUCUGUAUGCUGAGAAUACAUGGUUAAGGAAUGAUUGAGACUUCCUUGAGAUCACGAGCUGUGUCUGAGACUUGACUGGAAUGAACCACUUGUAACGGCAGUCUCUUUUUCGGGGCUGAUGAUUGUUGAUCAAUAAAUUAUAAAUAUGAUGUAUGAAUACUGCAAAAUUUAUGUGCGAGUUGUGUCUAUGCUCGGGCAACUUAAAAUAGUUUGAAUUUGAGCCAUGUUUAGAUGAAGUCAGAAAAAUUUUGCUGUUAAUUUGAUCUCCAUUUUGUUUCCAUUUUAUACAGAGUAUUGAUUCAUAUAGCAAUUAAAUUAAUUGAAAAUGUAUUUGCAUAUAUAAUGGAUUGCCAUUUGUUU